AUGCCCCCCCAAUUGACACGCCAGGAAACACCGUUAUACUCAUCAUCACCAUCAUAUGCAUCAUCGCAUGCAGUCCUUCGUGUUGAGCUAUGGGGGCCGUUUCAAGAGAUUGCUUUAAUUGACGAUACUUCAUACCCACCGUGCACCACACGACACAGGACACAGCCAGCACCUCUUCCAGGGCACCUCCUCCUCCUCCUCCUACACAGCACACCACACCACAUCCACACACCCAGACCUUCAAACAACACCCCCCAAACACCCACCACCCACCCCCCAUGGCCCAAGCCCAAAGCGCCGACCACCCCCACCCCCGCCGCUCAAGCGCCGCCGCUCCGACACGACGCACCACCCCCAUCACCACCCGCACCCCGCCAAACACAAGCGUCCGUCCGUCUCCCCCGUCCCCGCCUCGUCCCCGUCACCGUCAGGAGACGAGAUGCAGAUCACCGCGCCACCGCUGCCGCAGAGGUGCCAUGUGUGCUCGCGCGCGCAGAGCGUGGGCUUCGGGACGAUCACGGUGUGUGGCGCGUGUAA